GGUUAUAUUUGGAGCACUUCAAUUAUAUUGAGAAAGAAAAGCUGCGCUGAGAAGCAAGGUGUUUACCAGUAAUUAUGUCAGAAUUUAAGUACGACUGUUGCAUCAUAUGUGAAGAUAAAAAUUAUGUGAAUAAACUGGUCUCUGAUUUAAAAACACAAAGACCAUACCUGAAAUGUAUGUACGAAGAUAUUUCGGGUUAUGGAAAAUUCGCUGCUAAUAAGCUGAGCAAACCAAUGAAGGAAUCUAGAAAAGUUAUCGUGAUUUUUUCAAACAAUUCUGAAACUGAAGAAACAGAGUAUGCUGCAUUUACGGUUAUUGGUGAUAUGAUAAGGAACAAACAACUUAAUACAUCAAAGUUAAUACCAGUAAAGUUAACACAAGAUGCUGUGAUACCAGAGGAAAUUGAAGGAUUCGUAUGUGCAAAUGCCCUAGAUGACAGUUUUCUUAACAGACUGUUAAUAACAUUAGAUGGUAAUUAUCUGUUUUUUCUUUAA